AAGUAUACAUGGAGGUGUAUUAGUGGAGGAGUUUAUGGUUUUGUGAAACGUAUUUGAAAUGUUGGGACCCUUUAAUUUGACCCUUUAAUUCUGUAAAGAAUCUGCCGCUAUACCCCCUGAUGGUCGUAAUAGAGGUAUUUAAUGAACACCUUGCAUUAUGGAUAUUUAAUAAACACAGCAAAUUACUUUCUCCAAGCAAAGAGUUGGGGGAAAGAGAUUUAAAUAACAUUUUUUCCAUUUGCUACAAUACGUGGAAGUCUUGUUAUAAAUGGGAGCAAACGAUAUUGAGGUUCUCCGAAGUGAUUGAUGUCAAAGAUAAGUAAAUAAUUAAAAUCUCUGUGACAGUCCAGGGGAGAGAGGGGAGAUUUUGGAGAUAUAUAUUUAUAUACCUCUGUAGAGGAAUGAUUUUGUUGUCAAAAUCUGAGACCCAUUCUUGUGUUGUCAUUGCGGUGGUGAGGGCCUGUAAUUUUUUGGUAGAGGGGGUCUGUGGUUUGGUAAAAUGAGAAGUUGGAGGAGGACUAUUGAAAAGGUGAAAAGUUCUUGGUGAAAUUUUUUGGAUCAGGAAUCUGGCUGGUCGUUGUCAGUAGGAUCGAGUCAUGGUAAAAUGAGGGAGCCACAGGGAAUGUUGGGAAGAUAGCAGGAAUUCUGGGAAACUGGACUUCGAGGGACUGUAGCUGAAGAAAAAGUGGAGUCAUGUGGAAGAAGAUUCUGGCGCUAUUUAUAGGCGUGAUGGUGGGGUACUGGCUGAUUGAUGACUUUAAUCCAGAUGCCUUAAAAGGAAAGCGUGUGGUGGUGACGGGAUCAUCGACCGGUAUAGGGGAGCAGAUCGCGUACCACUACGCGCGGAUGGGUGCCCAUGUAAUGGUUACUUCCCGGCGGGAAAACACACUCAAACAGGUUGUACAAAAGUGUAAGGAACUGGGGCCUCCAGAGGGGAAAUACUUCUAUAAGGCUGCUGAUAUGGCUAAUAUGUCAGCCACACAACUUGUUAUAAAGGAAGCGGUCAGUAGGUUGGGAGGCAUAGACAUUCUGAUCCUGAACCACAUCCUGCCUAUACCUCUAGGGAUGUGGGAGGGGAGUCCCCAGAACCUCACCAUCACCGACAAGAUCGUGGAUGUCAACUUUAAGGCGUACGUCCACCUCACCUCACACGCUCUACCUCAUUUAAUCGCCUCCAAUGGCAGCAUCAUCGUGGUGUCCUCUCUGGCAGGUAAGAUAGGGCAGCCAUUCACUGCGGUGUACUCGGCCACGAAGUUUGCCCUGGACGGAUUCUUUGGAGGACUUAGACAGGAGUUCAGGAUGAAGGGAUGUGAUGUCUCCAUAACACUAUGUGUGAUUGGGCUUGUAGGGACAGAGAAUGCUAUCAAAGGGCUUAAGGAUUACGGACAACAUUAUCUUUUGGAGAUGCUUCCCGCGGAAACUCCUAGUGACACAGCUCUAGCCAUCAUCCGAGGCGGAGCGAUGAGGCGAAGGGAGAUCUUCCACCCGUACCUAAGCAUCCGCCUCAUGACACUUUUUCGAGACUGGAUGCCAAACGUGGUGGAGUAUAUAAACCGCUCCAUGUUUACCGUGCCUGUGUAAAAGUUCGGAAGAAAGAAUCGUGCUUCUCAGUCCAAAGUGGAAGAUAAACAAUGCCCAUGUAAAUGUUCAAAAGAAUUUUGCAUCUCAGUCCCAAAUGGUAGAUAAAGUCCAACUGAAAGCGCAUGAUGAACAAGACAAAAAACUGUGAUUAUUCAGGAUAUCUGCUAGAUAGAGUCCAUAAUGCAAGUGUGUGGUGACCAUAUAAAAUUCCUGCUCCUUGGAUCAUAUAUGUGCAACAAGUGUGAUCCAGGGUAACUUGGGCACUGAGAAACAAGUUUUGCAGUUUAGAUUGGAGAAUCCAUGUAAGGUUCAAAAGUUGAGAUUCCUCCUUGGUCUGAAUUCAUAGUGCAUGAGGAAAAAAAAGCUAAAAAGCGUGCUGGGAUAAGAAGACAAAAGAAAGACAUGUAUUCUUGCUGAGGUACCUGGCUAUUGUGGGGAAAAUACAUGCUGCUCAGAUCAUGUGACUAGCAAUGUGCAUUUCUAGAUCACGUAGUCAUAUGGACUCAUUGAUGAAAUCCAAAUGUCUGAUCCAAUUAUUUGUUGUCAAAGGAAAAAAAUGUGACAGUGAUGGGAUUGAAAACCACUUCUAAACAUAAAUUUUGGUGGUUGCAGCAAGAUUUUUUAGAAGUGUUCAAAAACUGAUUGAGAUCUUGGCAGCAAAAUAACUAAAGGUCUCACAGAGAAAUUGUCCUUAUAGUUUCAAUCUAUAUGUAAACACACCAGAGGAGACAAAAUUCAUCGGCAAGAAUAUCAUUGUCCUAAAUGUUAACGUCAAUAUUUGAAAUUGAAACAGAAAAAAAAAUCAGGUGUCAUUAUAACAGUAUUAUAAUUUAUUUGUUGUAGACUAGGAAGACUUACUUUUAUUUUUCUGUCUGUUUAUAUCUUCAUUUUUUGCAAAAAUAUUGAUGCAUUGGUUCUUGGGCACUGCCUUGUUAGGUCAGAUGGCGCUUUAUUGCCAUAUUGAAAAGGGGAAUAACUCAAUUUUUAAGUUUAAUUGAAAUACAAAAUUGAAGCUAUUGCCCCUUUGCAAUUCUUACUGCAAUAAAUAUCUACCUGUCUCAUUAUAUGUUGAUCUUUUCGACCUGAGAAUCAAUACAUUAACUUUUUUGGGGCCUAAGAUAGACCUUGAUUUUUUUGUUUCCUGUAUUAAGAUAUGUAUUUAUGUCUGAUUUGAUAAGUUAUUUUGUUGUUUAAUAAGAGUUUAAACUAUGUACAGUUAGCUUGAAUCUGAAUAAUUCCACAUUUAGAUGAAAUACUUCCCAGAGUAUUUUAAGAGUAUGGUUUAGACAAUGAUAAGUUUUGUUAAGAUAUAAUUGUACUUUCAGAUAAUAUAAAUUAUAUAAAAUAUAAAUUGUAAAUCAAGUCCAUUAAGUAGCUUUCAUGGACAUGUAAAGUAGAUUGAUGUAAGAGGAUUCAUUAAGAUAUGUUAUAUUGAUCAAAAGUACACGAUUAACUAGGUCUGUUUUCAUUAUUUACUAACACAAUUGAUUCAGGUACAAUGUUUCCUAAUUAUACCUUGUUUACAUCAGGGAUUUUACAUUGUUUAUUUUUCAAUUAGCAAGUGUUUUGAUUUUGUUAUUAGGUUUUGUUUUAGGUUUUUAAAAAAAAUAUUUAUUAUUAUCCAUUCGUAAAUAAUGAAGUUUCAUGUAUUUCUUUGAGGAGUAUUUAGUUCAAUCUACAUGGCUGUCAGAGAGAGAGAGAGAGAGAGAGAGAGAGAGUUUUAUUUGUGUAGUUUGCAUUGAUGUCUGAUGAGUUUAGUUUUGAUACAUGUAGUUGUAAAUGUUCAUUCACAUGUUAUAUGAAAUUUAUUAUGUUCAAAAUAUUUCUGACAGUGAAUUUAAAAUUAU